CUUAUCUUGUAGUAUAAAUACUGGUAUUCCUAUACUCAUCAACGUCUCUUCGCAGACCUUUUUUUACUACAAUCAUGGCUCUCCUAUUCUACAAAUUCAGCAGUUUAUUACUUGACACUAUGAUACACUUUGUAAAUGAUUACCUCAAUGAUUGCAGAUUUAAUGAUAAACUGUGUAAAUAAGCUUGCUGUGAGUGACCUUACGUACUGCAUUUAGUCUGCAAAUGUUUAUUGCUAUCAGUUAACUUUUUAUAAAAAUUGUUAAUAUUCAGUAUCCUCGCCUCAAAUUGUUAUUACUCAUAAAGCAAGAUGUCAUCAGUAAAGACGGUGUUUGGAUCUAUGGAAAUUGCAAGACGAGCUGAUAUGAAAGAAAGCAAAAAAAUGUUGGAUGUGUUCCAUAAUUAUGGUGGCAGAGAGAUUGAUACAGCAUAUGUUUAUGGUUUAGGCAAAACAGAAGUUUAUCUUGGAGAUUUAAAAGACGAAAUAAGCAAAGAUUUUGAAUAUGCUACAAAAGCAAAUCCUUACGAAGAAAGGACACUCAAUGCUGGUAGCGUUAGGUUACAGUUGGAGACAUCUCUUGAAAGAUUGAAGAGAAAGCAGGUAGAUAUAUAUUAUCUUCAUGCACCUGAUCAUGUUACUCCUCUGACUGAGACUCUAAAAAUCAUUGAUGUUUUGCAUAAAGAAGGAAAAUUUAGUGAGUUUGGUUUGUCUAACUAUUCUGCAUGGCAGGUAGCUGAAAUUGUUAAUUUGUGCAAGCAAAAUGGAUGGAUUCAACCUACAGUAUAUCAAGGGAUGUAUAACAUUCUGGAAAGGUUAGUUGAAAAGGAACUUAUAUCUUGUCUAAGAUACUACAAAAUUCGUUUUUAUGCCUACAGCCCACUGGCUUCUGGUAUCCUGACUGGAAAACAUAAAAUGGAACAUAUUCCAGAAAAUAUACCUAGUCGUUUUUCCACUGGAAAAUUUGCUGCCGUAUUUCGGAAUUUAUAUUGGAGACCGGAGUACUUUGACGCUGUUGAAGAUAUCCGCACUGCAGUGUCUUCUGUGUAUGGAUUUUCAGUCUCUCUGACAGAAGUAGCAAUGCGGUGGAUUUACCAUCAUUCCGCACUUAAAGGUGAAUGUGGGGAUGCAGUUAUAUUGGGUGCAUCAUCAGCGAAACAACUAGAGGACAACUUGGAGUUUACAAAGAAAGGUCCACUUGAUCCCAGUGUUGUUUCUGUCAUUGAAAAUACUUGGAAAUUUACAAUGAGAAUUUGUAGAAAUUAUGGACUUUAAAUUAAACAUGUCCAAUAUCAACAUGUCCAUGACCUUUCCAUCCUCGAGAUUUCUUCAUUUUAAUUUACGGUACUCAUUAAUUAGAAUACACAUUUUAUGCCAUGCACCAGAUGGUGUUAACAUGUUAUUCCAAAUCUACCUGGAUGUCUGCUUACUGAGGAAUAUUUUAUAGGUUCUUUAACUACUAACAAACUUAUAUUGAAAAUAUUUAUUUUUCACCAUUUAUAGAUACCAUAGGGAAAAUUAUGUACUUUGAAUCGGAUUUCUCAAGAACUAGUGCCUUAUCUACUGUAUCAUUUCAUUUGCUUCUUAAAAUUAAAUUCCAAAUAUGUCUAAAUUUGUAUGGUUAUAAGUUAAGUAAUAUGUUUUUGCACUGUUGUUAGAUUAUAUAGAUGGGCUGUUUUUUUCAUGUUUGAAGUUUGUGAAUUGAUGUUGUCAUUUGUUCCUGCAUAAUGGCAUAUUCAGAUCAUGAUAUUUAGGUAUACAUAUACAGAGAUUUUGAGACGUACCAAUAACAUGAGUAUUUCAGGCCUUGGCCUUGCGUAGCUCUUUAACAAAUUUUAUUCUGUGAUGUUUUUUGAGUCUGAUCAUUGAUCACUGUUGUGAACUACUUUUCUACAAGAGUCUGUCUUUGUUAAUAAUUCCACUCAGUAUAACCAUUCUCUCAUUUUACUGCAUCCUUGCAGUCAUACAGCUAUUAUCAAAAAAAUUCAUCUUAUAUCUAAUUUUCUGUAACAUGUUGUAUCACUGUAAGUUUUAUUUAUCAAGUGAGCAUCAAUAUUAUCGCUUAUCAGUAUAUUAAUUAAUUAGUGGGGGAAUAUAAUUUAAUUGAUUCAAUUUUCUA